AUGGAUCAGUACAGGAUUCCAGGCGGGUUCCCGCCAUCCAGCUCAGACCGCAACCUCAAGUCCACAGCAAAGAAGACCAAUGCUCAGGUUGUUGCAAGCGCCGUUCCAAACCUGGACGACGCAGAUACUGAAGAGGAGUCUGGUGAUAGUGUUUAUAGCGAUGCAGCUGAAGACAUUGACGGCGAUGGAUUUGGAUCGAUUAAUGCUAUUGUUGACAGCCGCUCAGCCCCCAGGUCGGUAUCAGCUUUGGACACCACGAGCGAGAGUCGUGACGCAACACCGAAGGCUCUAGAUCGAACUGCCAUCGUGGAUACUCAGUCGCGUGAUGUGACUGACCAGGCUGGGGAUGUGCGCUCUGUCACCCCAACUCAGGAAUCGGUCAACCGAGAGGCAGAAGAAUCUCCUUCCUCCCCGAUGAAAGCUCGCAAUCUUGAUCCUGCCUACCCAUCGCUGGCAACUAACUCGACCUUUCGCGCUCCUCAAAAUGGUAGUACCUGGACACAUCCCAACGGGAAACAACGUCCUCUGUCUGUGGCAAUUGGUCCUACAUCUCGUAUGCAAGACCCUCGAUGGUCGAGCAACGAGAAUUCUCCGCGGGAUGGCAUGAACAGACCACGUCCAGUCUCCCUUGGCCCUGCGUUCCAGAAGUCAAGACCCCCUGGGCCUCGCCGAACAAUGUCCAGUGGAAGCGAUUCUUCAAGCAGCUUCAAGCGCUCUUCUCCUCGUGGAGAUGGCAUCCAUGCAAUGCGACGAACACUGAGAGCCGGUGCUGGCCCAGCCGAGCGAAACGAGUCACCCAUUGAUUAUCGGCCCAUGUCAGCCGGUUCGUCAAAUGGCACGAUGCGCAAGACGCUUCGAGAAACAGGUGCUGGAGGCGAGCGGUAUUCGUUCUUCUCGACAAACAAAAAAGCACCAAGGGCGAAGGUCUCGAAACAGCCUCCCAAGGCAGCCAGCUCAAGCCGGUUUGCAGAUUCGGAUGGCGAGGAAGACGAAGCCCGGACGCAGACUUUCCGCAGUCGAUUUGAAUCCAGUGACGAGGACGAGCCUGGCAACAUAGCCAUGCGGCCUGUGCGCGGUAUCCCCCGUCGCCAAGGUGCCGACGAUGGCGACUCGACAGAGCUGGAUGAUAGCUCAGAAGAAGGCACCCAACAACAGACACAACCAACUGUUGCCCCCAAGUCGGUUCUCUCUCCUCCCAGAACCCGUGGUAGGAAUGAACCGAAGAGCAUGUCCGGGAUGGCAGCUGUCGCCAAACAACGCGGUAUGUCGCAAAGAGAUCUGGAAGAAUUCCUCCUGUCGCCUCCGCGUGGACGAAAGCCAGGUCUUCUCACACGACUUGGUUUGAAAAAGGAUAAGAACAUCGAACACAGAAUCCGCAAGGCAGAUGUUGAAAGUCCCUCGCGAAGAGAUACACAUCUAGAGCGAUCGCGUCUGGAACGCGAUCAAUUGCGCGAAGACAACAUUGUGAACGGAACCCAUGGGAGCACAAUUACAACCGUGACAGCAGGAAGUCCUGAACCACCCCAUUACCCCAAACUGGUGAAGAGAAACUCCAAACGAAACACCACAGGCCCGUCUUGGCCUCUCCGCCCUGAUACAGCGGACAAAGGAACCCUCCAGCCAGUACCAGAGCAGAAGCCCAGCGCUCCAUCGUCCCCUCAACAAACCGAGAAAUUUGAGCCGCAUGUCAAUGAUGCACCCGCACGCAACGGGAGUGUCCUUGUCAACGGAGAUGGUGCACGCGGUGCAUCUCCAAUUGGCAAAGAGCCCAGGCCACUUCGGCGGGAGAGCAGGACAGAUUCAAACAAUGACAUUGCCACCGAGAUCACGAAUCCGGAUGACCAUGGGCCUUCUGCACGCGAUGUUGUGAUUGCCGGUUCUGGGCGGAAGAAACGAUUCCCUCUUCUCAGGAAGGCGUUCGGUCUGAAGGCUUGA